GGUAUGGACAGUCGGGGCUAUUGAGUUCUGCUGAUCUACCGAAGUCGUGUUCCUUCCAACUAUCUGUUGCCUACCGGAAGUUCUUAGCCUCUACUAUGGCCGCCAACCUGGAUCUCGCCAACCGUGACCCGAACAAUAUCAACGACCAUAUUAAGGUCACAUUCGAGGAUGUACUCGCUGAACCGGAAGGAGCGCACUCGAUCGACUGCGUCUGGAAACUGUCGCACACGUGCUUCACGUGCUGGCUCGGACUCUGUUACAAGAUCUCAACGCUGCUGUGUGGUAUCUGCAUCGCCGCCGAGUGGGGCUGUGAGUUUGCUACAGUCGCCUUCUACCAUGUCUGGUUCAUCACCCCGAUGUUGAAGAUGUGCGAGAUGAACUGCGCCGUUUUAUCCAAGAUGACACGUACCUGCCUCUCGUGCUGCAUGGAGCCGUGCUGUCAGGCCUUUGGCCAGCUAUUCCACCACUUCAAGAAAUAGACCAAAAACAACGAACAAUGCAGAGCAUAUUUUGAAAACUAUUCAAACAUUUUCUCUUUGAACAUUUGAACAUACAACGAAUUGUAAAUUGUGAUUUAUGAAAAAUUGCUAUUAUUUAUUAAGUGUAUACUUUAUUUAUUGUACACCACAUGAGGCAAAUUUUAGAACACAAUUUUCGUUCAUGC